AUGCAGCUCGUAGCCUCGCCACUCGAAACCAGGAGGGAUAUCAUGUGUUUUGAAAAAGGUGUUGAGUGCAUGGUCGUUGUGGAUCCCGCCACGCGCAAAUUACGGAUCCCACUCAGUUGCGUGUACCCCACCCGGGCGCACCAACGCACGACAAUCCCGAGCCUUUGCUUGCUGUUCCUGGAUGGGCGCUGCCGGCAGGGUACACAGUGCCAUCAGGUGCAUGCUGCGCUGAAUGUUGUGGCUGCGCUUCGAAGUCAAGUGGACUAUCUACCCAUAUGCUGUGCGCUGCAUGGGGACCGUGAUUACGUCAAUGCCCUGGAUAACCGAUCAUGGAUGUCGCGCGUUGUGGUUCACGUCCCGGAUGCGACCUACGGAGGCGGCUACAUUCCACUCGCCCGUUUCAGUUACACCACUCCCAUUUCGCGGUUGCUGGACGCUCUUUUUCAUUCCACACCCCAAGCGGAGGGACAAGAUGGGGCUCAGUGGGAAAGUCGUGCAUUCGGCACUCCCCCAUCGUGCCUUGUGCUGGAGGCUGGUGAUAUUACGCUCUGCCGCCUACACGUGCAGGAUCGCUGCCGCUACGCGGAGGAGUGCAAUUACCUCCACAUCUGCAAGGAAGUGGCGAGGUGUGAUCGGGGCCUCACACUGGGUCAGCGCCCGCGUUCAUGGAAGAAACCUCCUUCCUCCUCACCUUCCGGCGGUUGUUUUGUCGUGACUGCCUCCGGUACCUCUAUGCCACCUCCACCUGCAGCAGCGGCUGCCUGCGAUGCACCGACUCCCGUCUCGGGUGGCUGGACGUGUCCCGGAAGCCCAACAGGUUCGCUGUUUGGGGCCAAUCGCAGCGUGACACUUGGAGAUGCCUCCGUUACUACUCAACCCGCAGUUGUGAGAUGCUGCGAUCCCAGCUCCUGCACCGAAGCUCAUUCCGUUGUGGACUGUGGACAGGCGCAUAUCCCUUUUUCGCUUUCACGGCAGGUAAGUGACAUUCACAUGCGCCAGGUCUCGAGUACGUUCUUUCCUUCGGACAACUUAUCGCUCGACGUCGAUCCCAGCACAUCUGGUGAUUGCUUGGCUGAGCAGGGUUGCGGCAUGACACCAAACAUUGUGGUGGUGACUCGAAACGGUAAAGGUGGUCGGGAGCGCUGGCAUUACAACCCUUAUGGAACCAAUGGUACCGAUCGUGGUAUUGAAAAAGGGGAAGGGAGGGGCAGGAAUUAA